UCGGGAUAGGAUUCGAGGUGAAGACUCCGGAACCGGGAUCGGGUAUGGGCUCUAUAACAUCCAUCGUAGUGUACAGUUGCUUGAAAUAAGCUGCAAUGUGGAAUAUAGCAACGCCACGGUAUUUGCAUUGGAUUUUCUGUGGAAAGAUGACGCUCAGCAUUCACAUAAUGCCACUGGACGGGCACUCCGACAACGGAAUGAGUCUCUGAUAAUGAUAGCUUGUACUCACAUUAAUAAACUAGAAUCGUUUUCUAGACUUCACGACCUCAAUCCACCGCGCUCUCCGACCCGUAAGCCUAGAGAGACAGGGUUUGAGUCGAAAUUGAGAAAGCUAGGUUCAGCUAUAUGUGGUACGGGUUCAAGAUGUUUGCGCCUUCACGACGGUGGAUCGGAGUUUGGUUUGCCCCUAUCGAGUUCCCCAAACCAACUAUACGAAGACCUCCUCGCAGCACCAUAUGCCCUAAACCAGCUCGAAGGAGAGGCAUACUCGCCCUCCAAAGACUCGCAAACGGAUGGGGUGAUUCGGUGCAUCUGCGCUACGCAUUGGGACGAUGGCCAAAUGGUACAAUGCGACUCUUGCCAAACCUGGCAACACGCGAAAUGCUACAAGGUGGACUUCGAACAACUGAAGAAGGAUAGCGCCGCUGCCUGGAUCUGUGUCGUUUGCGACGAGGCGAAGUGGAGCGCCGCUACCCUUGACUCAGAGUGGGCAAAAGGAAUGCAGAAAAGAGAGGAGGAGAGGGAGAGGGUAGCGGCUCUGGCGAGACAGAUAGAAAGCCAGAGUAGAAGCGCGGCUGGCAAGAAAGGUCGAGGUGUUCGCCGAGCGAUCAACACAGUGGCUGCCUCAGGCGGCGCUUUGGCUUCGAUCUUGAAUGAAGGUGGAAGGCAAUCCAAUGAUGAUCGACCCGAGGUAAAGGACGAGAUUGACUCCUGGCGAAGAGUGUACAUUCCCAUUGCACGUAAUAUCGUCGACGGCGACCUGUCGCCCACAAUAUCCCGCUAUAACCAAUCCUAUGGUCCUAAAUCCCGCUUCCUCGAGGCAGCUCUUGAAACUACCAAAGGAUGGGCGUCUAGCGUAUCAAAAGGAAAAGGGAAAGAAAUAGCCGACUACGAUAUUACUAGCCGCUCACUCCCUGUGGUUGUUUCGUACGACGAGCUCAAGAUGGCCGAAACAGAGUCGCUUUUAUUUGUCAAGGCAAGCCACCAAAGUGACCCUGGAACGUCAAAUCCUCGAGCGCCGUCCCCUCUUCGAUCAGGAAGCCCUUCUUCCAGCCGCCCACACCCCAAUAUAUCCACACACUCUCCUGUGGUUCCUAUUGGUGCGAACAUGCAGGGCUCUUUAUCGCCUAGCUUGGAGCAUCCAACCGCGUCAAUCACCAGACAUGGCAUUAACCCAGAAUUACCAAGGUCUAACGAAUUCAGGGUUUCCUCAAGUCCUCCAGCGAGUCGACCUUUAGGCCCGACUAACUCUGCACCAAUCAAUGGCUUUCCUGGCACCCAAGGUACCAUUCCUGCCCAGCCUGAUCACAACGCAGAUCUACUUCAUAGCGUGCCUGGGAAUGCGGAAUUGAAUCCGAUUAAGGAUAUAUAUUCUGCACAGAUGUACUCGUUGCAUGCUUCAGAGGACACAGCCGCUCGAACUCUUCUUGCGCUGUAUCCGUCAAACGUCAUCUCACAUCCAUCCUACAUGGCAUCCCCUGCAAAUCAGUACUUUCACAUAGGACUCCCAAAGCCAUAUGUGAAAAUCCUUGGAGCACCCCUUGAGGUCGCCUUAGAUGCCCGAGUG